GUCAGUCAUGAAGGCUGGGCUAUAUUUAGCUGAUUCCAUUAUCGGCUCAGGGUUAGCUUGCUGCUGCUGCUGCUCCUGCGGCGACCGCGGCGAUGCGCGUUUAAGCCCAAAGCGCCUUUCGAGUGCAGCCUCGUUUUCGGGCACAUUUCCACGCACGUCCGCUAGCAGGCGAGCGGCCGGCUGGCGAGCUGACGUCGCGGGGAGCUAACGCGAACGGCAGCGCCUGUGCUCCGAGCUUGACUGAGCCCUUCGCGGGACGACGCGAGAAGCGGGAGUCAUGUCUUCGGACGAAGACAGAGCCAAGGAGAUAUUGAAGGGUUUCAAACUAAACUGGAUGAACCUCCGAGAUGCCGAGACGGGCAAAGUUCUGUGGCAGGGAACCGAGGACCUCUCCGUUCCCGGCGUGGAACACGAAGCUCGCGUCCCCAAAAAGAUCCUCAAGUGCAAAGCGGUUUCUCGAGAGCUCAACUUUUCCUCCUCGGAGAAGCUGGAGAAGUUCCGUCUGGAGCAGAAGGUUUUCUUCAAGGGACAGUGUCUAGAAGAGUGGUUUUUUGAGUUUGGCUUCGUCAUCCCCAACUCGACCAACACGUGGCAGUCGCUGAUAGAAGCGGCGCCCGAGUCGCAGAUGAUGCCCGCCAACGUCUUAACUGGCAACGUGAUCAUCGAAACCAAGUUCUUCGACGACGACCUGCACGUGAGCACGUCGCGCGUACGCCUCUUCUACGUCUGACGUCCGCCGCCGUCUCGCCAUCAUCGUUCCGUCUCGCCGCCGAGGAAGAAGGCGACGCGCGCGCACCCGCCCGGCGCCGGGGGGGGGGGGGGCGCAUGCGGCGUCUCUUUGUGACUGUAAAUACACACGCGCCGAUCCCGUCAGCCCGACGCUCCUUUUGUGCUUUGAACGUACGAUCCACCCACGUGUUCUUUCGGCUUGCAUUCACUCAGGAACCCCCGCCCCAAAAUGUUUUUCCUUCUCACGAUUAAAAGGUUUGGGAGCUCUUUCGACAUUGUGCGGAACGCUUCUUCGGGCGUUCGGAGGUCCAUGCUUUGUUUUCCCUCUGAUGGUCUCUGUGAGGCCCAAAAGGGAAAGGACAACAUGUGCAACUCGGCAAACUGAACGAGUAACGUGAGACGGUGCAUGGCCAGUUCAUAGCUUUUAAUCGAUUUGAUUAAGAAAAACAAAACAAAAAAGUACAUUUGUCAAAAGUAAUCAAGUGAAAAAGGAAAAUGACGCCACUUAACCCCUUCUUCCAAAAGAAGCCAAUAGCCGAUGUUUUGCACCUCGUCCCCUACUUAUUUAUUUUCUGCCAAUCAACAUCAAUGCAUGUGCGGAUUUUUGCAGCCCUGGUCCUUAUCCCUUGCAAAUUGUGUGUGUGUGGGUGGGUGGGUGGGGGGGUCAAUUGUAACAUUAAAAGCUUGCAUACCCAACCUUUUCUACUAAUGACCUGACCUUGCCAUGUCUUAAGUAAUUGGUUAGUUAGAGUGAACCUAGUCAUAAUGCCAGCGCCUAUUUGUGGUUUGUCACUUGCAAAUUAAGCCGUCUACGGCUUUCGAAGGGGAAACUUUCCCCCGUUAUUUUGUAAAAACGCCCAGCUUGUUUUUAUUUUCACCCCUACCCGGACACUUUUUUUGUGGGGAGCUGUGGGGCACUUACAAGGAGCGUCAAUUAUUUGCAGAUUUUGGGUUCUAUUCUACAUCGAUGAGUGAGCAGACCCCCACGCGCCAGCGAGGCCGUGAAACACAAAUGUUUGGUGGCACCCGAUAAACCGACAGGUGUCAAAGUCCUGUCCUCGGUGGCUGCUUUGCCCGGUCUUUGGGAGGAGUUUCCCUCCUCCGACAACACCUAAUUCAAAUGAUCAGGGCGGUCAUGAGCUGAUCGUUUUGAGUCGGAUGUGUUGGAGCAGUUGGAAAAAUGAGCAGGGAAGUGGCCCUCGAGGACCCGAGCGAACAACGCAAAAGGUUGGAGGUAACGCGUCUUCUAACCGCUUUGUCAGCCGGGUGUGGAUUUGAAUUGGUGGUGUCGUGACGACACAUGUGUUUGACUCAUCUGGACCAAAAUGGCACAUUCCGCAGUGUUGUUCUGGUACUUUUCCAGCCGGUCGUUUUUAUUUGGCUUUGGUUUUUUUUUAGUCAGCGGUGUAAUAUAGACUUGUUUUAAUAAGACUGAAUUUGUGGAUUAAAAUCAAGUUGUAAUA